GGAAAAGCAAAACCUGAGAAUAACCGAAGUGGGCGGAGCUUCAUGUGUCGUGAAGAAUGAUUGGACCCCACAGCGCCCCCUUACGUGCUUACAUGAGUUUACCAGCAUCUGUAACAUUAGUUUCCAUUCUAGCUAAGCCGCAGAAGAAGAGCUCCACUCGGUUUGUUUACAUCAGCAGAAGGUGACAGAACAGAGGCAGUUUUGACAACCUUUAGUCUAUGAUUAGUGUGGUUUAUCCCAUCGACUGAGCAGGAGCCAUGGGAGAGUUGGCAUGUGUUUCUGUGCUGUGCUGGCUGUGGCUUUACCCGCUGGUGUCCAGCGAACAGGUGGCUUUUGUAGAGGUGUUUCUGGAGGACCAUCAGCAUGUUUUGCAGGGUGAGGUGCUCCAGGGGAGUCUGGACAACGACCCAAUUGAAAACCACAGCAAAAAGAAACAUGACCUCAAUGGAGACCUCAUAUUAAUAAAAGACAAAGCUAUUAAAACCAACAGUGAUAGCAGUGAUGGAAAGGAUCCGAACCCCUGGAUUGGGGUGGUACCUGUCCAGAUAAAGGAAGGCACAGUUUCCAGUAACAGCAACCAAGAGUCAUUCGCUGCCUCUGUGGUCAAUAAGAUGAAGCGUGCUCUUGUUCUGGGUGCAUCUGCUUUAAUCAUCCUGGCUUUAAACCAGAAUACUGUCCGUGAGAUGGAUCUCUCUCAGGUCCUCUCAAAGCCAGUCAUUAUUAUUCAGACGUCAGAAAAUGUCACUAAGCUCAUUGGGGCACUGCUCAGGGGCCUUCAUGCAACAGCAAAGAUCACUUACAAAUCUUUUCUACAGGACACUCUGGGGGCUACUUUGACCCUGUGGUCCAGCUGUGGCCGUUCGAGAGGAGGGUUGUACGGGGAAUGGCAAGGGGUCAUCUGCACCGGGGAGACCAACUCUCAGGUCCAGAAAUAUCUCCAGCAGCUGUGGAACAGUGUCGUUCUGGUGGCCCUGGUCCUGUCCACGGGGGUCAUAGUUCAUGCACGCUGGCAGCUCCAGGACAACCAGCUUAAUGAGGAUUUACAGUCAGACCUAAAGCAAGACAUUUUAAAGAGAUUAUCAGCACUGAAGACGAGGACAUACCGGCAACCCAAAGUGAGAAGAUGUGACCCAACACAAACUCAGCCGCUGGAGAUGGACAGCUGUGCAGUGUGUCUGGAGCAAUACAACAACAACCAGUGUUUGAGGGUGUUACCGUGCCUCCAUGAAUUCCACAGAGAUUGUGUGGAUCCCUGGCUCCUCCUUCAGCAGACCUGUCCUCUCUGCAAACGUAGCGUGCUUGGUCAUUUUUACUGAGCUGAACCAGGAAGGACUCCGGACUCUGAAUUUGUAUGAUUUGGUGCGACUCUUCCGAUUCAGACUUUUCAUGUCAACUAAACCCCUUCACAGUACUGUAAGGUCAGCAGAUCUCCACUUGACCACUUCAAAGACUAUAAACCUUGAGUUCUCUUACAAGAGACCACAGGAGUCAGGACUAGAUCCUGAUCUUUGGUCAAACCACUUGAGAAGUUUCUUGAAGCUAGGUCCUUGUACAUGGGAUCAGUUCUUUUGCGCACAUUUCUUGAACCGGCUCAACAAUUUACAGCUACACGGAUCGAGCACAGAAAAAAAAAGUCAUAUUUCAGAUCUCUUCAAAUUAAGGAAGAAUCAUACACCCUGAAGUCUCAAAUCUUUGUUUAAAGAACGGCUGGUAUAAAGUUUGGAUAAAAUCCUUGAAAAAAAGAAAUGGUAUCUGUUAGUACAAUAUCACUCAACCUUUUCCUCUGAUACGAGACCAGCGCUGGUGCCUAACCUGGCCCUUUUCUACCCUUUUUCACCAAAUGCAAAGAUGCAUUGACCGUGAAGUUGUGAUAUUGACAUCUUUUGAGAAUUUACAGGGACUGUGAGUAUAUUUAACAUGCAUUCAAGUUCAGUUUAGUUUUAAAAUGUCAUGUAAAUGCUUCUUUCCAGUCAGGGUUUUGCGUAGUUGGAAAGUUUCAAAAGUUUGGGGUCAGUUUAAUUAGAAAUUAAUACUUGUAUCCAGCAAAGAUGCAGUAUCUUGAUCGAAAACAUAAAACCUAUCAUAAAAAGAAUUCUCAAAAUUCAACUAUUCAAAAGAAUUCUAAAAGAAUUCUAAAAAUAUCUAUCACAGUUUACAUUUAAGUAGCACAACUGUUUCAAAAGUUGAUUUCUAAAGAACCAUGAAGAAUAAAGUAACGUCUACUAAAAAAAUGCAGCUUCGCCAUCACAUGAAAAAAUAUUAAGAAAAUUAUUAUUUUUACAUUUCGUAAUACUUCUUUUAAGAAUAUAAUUUUUUUUAUUUUUAUAAAUGAUAGUAGCUCAGCUAUAGUUGGCCCUAAAAGGUGUGUUCCUAAUCCUGUAAUUUUCAGUUUCACAUGUGUCAUGAACACUUGAACAGAGAGAUGAAGACUCCAGCUCGUCUAUGCAAAAACCUGCUGGAGCUUCAUUACAACUGCACAUGUAAAUGUACUUAAUGAUAGAAUAUAGAAAUCUCAAGACAGCCAAUCAGAGCAUCUCAUUAAAUAUAAUCUCGAUCUGUGCUUAUUUCAAAUUUCCCCUCAUUUCUCAAGCUUCAGUCAUGAUACAUGACCUCGACUCCUGCCAGAUAAGAAGACAACCAUUAAACACUCGCACAAAGAGGAACAAUAUAGAAACACAUCCUUUAGAACAGUAUUUAUUCUUGUUUUAUCUUCCAAAGCUUUCUUAAAUAUGCUUUCUAUUACAAAAUGCUUUGAAUUUAUCCUAGUAAGUAGAAAUAUGUUACAUGGCAAGAGAACAUUGCCUUUUCUAGGUAUAUAUGAGGAAAAAUGAUGAUGAUGAAUGAUGCAUGCUCAGUCUUUGGCACGAACCUUAAAUGGGGUUUCUUAAAAGACUGCUCUGAGGUCAAGUCUUAAUCGCUUUUUAAAUCUUUAAAGAACUGGAACAGGAUCUUAUGAGCUGUGUUUCUGCUUU